AUGUCUACCGGUAAGAAAAGUCCUCGCAAAAAAAUAAUUUCAAGCCCUAGUAAAAGGCAACGAAGUGGUAAGAAAGCAAUACCAUCUUCACCUUAUAGUCCUGAGGCGGUUUCAAAUAGUAAAAUGACGAUACCAAAUGAUACCACUAAAUUAUUAGGCUCGAAAUUAUCCAAUAAGCAUACUGCAUUGGGUAGAAAAACUGCAUCAAAAUCGUCAUUAUCGAAAAAACCUAUUACAACUAUAACUGACACCACACAUGUGGUAUCAGAUGUUGAUGUUACUAUUGGAAACUCAAUUCAAGAUGAACAGGAAGAAUUAAAUAAUGAUGAUAAGAAUGAAAAAUUUUCAAUAGAUCAUUCGAGGAUUGCCAACAAAUCCAUACUUGACAAUAAAUUUCUAAAUAACACAAAUGAUAAUAGGGUUGCAACUAAAUCCCUGGAUAAUUCUACAGGUAAACAAAGUAAACUUAUACAAAAAGAAGACACCCCUAAUACCCAACAAAUAGCAGCCCCUAUAAUGCUUGAUAAUUUGAAAGAAAUUCCUACAUCAAGUAGCAUCUCAACAUUAAGACAAUAUACUGAAGAUGAUGAUUAUGAUAAAGUAACUUCAGAAACAGAAUCCUCCAAAAUAAUAUCUCUUGCUGAAAACAAUGCGACUCCAAAAAAUGAAGCUGAACUCGAAAAUAACACACUACAAAAUUCCAGCACAAGUAGUAUUAGUAAAGAUGAUUCAGACGUAUAUGAGGAUAUAAGCGAUAUAGAGGUUGAUGUGGAUAAUUCAAGUGACGAUUCUAGUGAAGACGAAGAAGAUAGUGGUGAUGAUAGAAGUAGCAUUUAUAGUUCCGAUAGUUCAGAAGAUGAAAAUAUGAAUUUUGUAAAAUUACGUGCUCAGAGGAAAAAGAAGGCAAUGAAAGCUUUAUCUGUCAUGAAAAGAAAUAAUGCACCAAUGAAAAGUAGCGAUUCAUAUAUAAAUUCUUCUCCCAGCAAAGCACCAAUAGCUUCAUCCCUAUUCUCAGAUGAAAUUAAUGAUUCUGAACAUAAAAAUCAGCAACACUUGAUGCCAAAUUCAGAUAUACCAGUAGAUACUACUGAGGAUAUUGGUGAAGAGGUUCAUUUGGAUGAUUCAAAAAUGAAAAGAAUAAAUAAUACUAUUAUGAACAGUGAUUCUGAUGAGGAUUCUGAUUAUAAUAUUGAUCAAGAUGAAUAUUUUAACGCUAUUGAUAAUGACAAUGAAGCUGUGUCCUCUAAUGAAACAGACAAUGAACACACAGGUCUUGAAACAGGUGAUGAUGACGAUUCUCCAAUAUUAGAUGAAGAAACUAAGAAUAUUGUUACUGAAUUCAGAAGUGAUGAUGAAUUAUCCUUUGAUGGUAGCGUUCAUGAACAAGGCUCUGAUCCUGAUGACUGGGAUAUGACUUCUUCCGAUAAUAGCAGCAAAAGCCAAGAAGAUGAAGAAGAAGGCGAAAUUCUUUCCAAUGUUGAAAGUAUUUACACUGAUGAUUAUAAUGUUUUACAAUUAAAUGGAAUGUAUGAAGAUGACAUUGAUGAUGAAAAUGAAGAGGAUAAUGAGGGAAAUAGUAAUUUGAUGAUGGAAUUAACAAUGCCCUUUUAUGAAGAUUCGAAAUUUUCAAAUCUUUAUUAUUAUGAAGAUGGCACAGAACCUCGAUUAGGAUUAAGUACUCAGUUGCCAAAGCUAUUAAAUGAUGAUAAAAUUAAGAAAAUACGAAGGAUUGUCGCUAAGAAAAAAGAAAAUGAGGAAAUCAAAGAAAGAAGAAAAUUAUUGAAAGAGACUCGCAAGAAAAAUAAAAAAUCUUUAAACGAUGAUGGUAAUGAUUACAUAUUUGGAGUAUUCUUCCAUAGUGAUGAUAGCGAUAUGGAUGAUAAGGAGACUAUAUAUAAAGUAAAUCAUGACAGCAAUUUUCUAAAUAAUAAUGUUAUUAACAGUAACACCUACAAUUCCAGUGCUGCUUUAACUUCAUCAGUAAAUAACAUGCAUUUUGAGAAAGACUAUGAAAGCUCUAAUGACGAUAAUAUUUUAAUGGAUGAAGCAAGGUUGGCAUCAGAUGAUGAAUCAGAUGAUAAUUCUUCAAAAAUUAGUUCACAAAAAAACUAUACUCCCAGAAUUGAUACAGAAACAGUUUCUUCCUCCUCCGAUAGUAUAUCCUUAACAUUGGCAGAUAUUGAUGAUGAAAUAUCUUCUGAUGAAUUUAGCUCGUAUGAUGUAUCCGAUGUUUCUAAUGACAACGGUGCUAUUUCUAAUGUUUUUGUUGACAUUGAUGACUUAGAUCCUGAUUCUUUUUACUUUAAUUUAUCUGACGGUGAAUCAUCAUCAUCAGUAUUCUCUGACAACGAUUCUGGUGUUAAACUGAUGUCGACUAACGAUUCUCAUGAAAGACCUGACUCCGAUGAAAAUAUUGUCUAUGUCGAUGAUGAAACUACUGAUGAGGACACCAAUCUACCACCACCUGAGGCUAGAAAUAAGAGUAUCGGUACUAAAGCCAAAGAAAUAGUUAGUGCUAAUGUAGUUGGUUUAAAACCUCCAAAAUUGGGAACUUGGGAUACGGAAAAUAAACCCUUUAGUAUUAUUGAUGGGUUAUCCACAAAAUCCCUUUAUCCAUUAAUACAGGAAUAUCAACAAUUGAUGAAAGCGGAAAAAUCAGAAUCAAGCAAUGAAAAUGACACCAAUGCAGGUACUCCGAAUGAAAAUAGUCAAUAUGCAGCAUCCUCAACACAUCAAGACGGUGAUGAAUUAACCCUGAACGAAUUAUUAAAUAUGAGUGAACUAGAUGAUGACGAAGAAGCGAACAUACAGUCAUUAUCGACGUCUGAUUGGUAUAAAAGGCCAAAAGUUCCUUUAUCUGCUUUCCGUAACAAGGGUGCCUCAAAUCUUGAAGAUGAAUUCUUACUACCCGCUAAUAGCACACGAAAGGUUCCAAUUGGCUAUAUUGGGAAUGACAAGACAAGAAGAAGAAUUGAUAAAAUUAAAGAAAAGCAAAGAAAGGAGUCAGAGAAAAGACGAAAGAUUAAGAAGAAGAAGAAAUUGCUAAAAUUGAAAAGAGAGCGUGAUAGAAAAGAGAAGCAGAGACUACAGGACACUAUUAUGACUCCAGUUGCAUUAUCUACGGAAAAUUCUUUGUUACUUGGUGAUCAAAAUAAUCUAUUUAAUCCUACCGAGUUUGGCUUAGGUAAUUUGAAUGAUUCAAUAGCUGGUAAUCCACAAGGCCAAGAUGAUAUUAAUAACGGUUUAUCUAAUAACCUUGGUUUAUCAACUGCGCGUAAAGAGAGUAUUAAAGGUAUGGGCAUUGAAGACAUUCAUAAACUUCUUGGCGAAAAUAAUGGCGAUACAUUACUGGACUUAGAUACUGAUAAUGAUAAUGAUCAUUCUAACCUAGGUGGGGUUGUUGCAUUUAAUGGUGAGAGUAUAAAUUCUGGAAAUCUUGAAUCAAUUAUGAUGACUAACAACAAUCAAAAUGGCUCUAGUGACGCUGAAAUUAUGUUAAGCACUGACGCUGAUAUUUUGGCAUCAUUAACUGCACCUGUACGUUUAGAAGAUUUUGACGAAGAGAACGGCUCGAUGUGGAGACGUAGACACAGCAUAGUAGAAGCUGCUGGUGAAAAUAUGAGAUUCACAAAAAAUGGUGUUUUUAGUGAAAAUGCCCUUGCCGAUCUGGAAGGAAUUCUUGGAACUACUCGCGAUAAUACCACUGAAUUGGCAGGAAAUGUUUUCGAUCUAAGUGAAGUAAUUCAAUAA